ACGGCCUACCACACGCUUGGCUUGGCGGGGGAUUUCAAAUCGUUAUCCUGGACCAUCGUCUUCAAGAAGAGACACGUCAGGCCAGAGGCGGUCUCUAGCGUCGGAAUCUACGUCUCUGUCUCCGUGAUACAAUCUAUACUAGCUGAUCCUUUUCAUCAGAAGAGAAGGAAUAGAUUGAGACUAGGUUAUUAAGAGAAAGGCGAUCGGAAAAAGGAACGAGAUAACUCGAGUUCUGCUUCUCUGGUUCUUCUGAUUCUCCGGCUUUCCUUGAGCACAGGAGAGGAAGUAGGGAGGUUGCAUGUUUUGGAUCUGUAGAUAUCGAUCUCCGAACAUAAUAGUGAAUCGUUUGAGCGUUCUCUGGAAAUCCGGCGGUAGAGAUACCUGGUCGGCCAUCAAUUUCCCCUCUCUCUCUCUCGCGUGACGUCAAUUACUUCUAGAAAAGCGACGUCUAGAAGCUCGAGAUGGCGCCCCUCAUCUUUUAUCGUCAGUCGUCCCUUGUCUAAAAUCCGAUCAGUCCGCCAAAUUCAGAAGCUCUUUUACCAACGUCCAUGGGGUCCUUCUUCAUCUGUGGCGUAUUGACACCAUUUCCACGGGGCUGCUACCUCCCCACUGCCCAAUCUCUUCACUGUCGAAGCUAUGCGCUGAUCUUGUGUCCUCAGAAAUUGGGCGCGAGACCUUCUUCACUGCGCGUGAAGUAUAGGGCGCGGAAUGACGUCAUCCGCUGCUUCUUUCGUAAGAACGAGGAGUCAGUGCAAGCUUCUGCGGAAGACAUAGAGAGGAACGAUGAUCGCGUUCCUUUUGAUCUCAACCUCGCCGUCGUGCUUGCUGGUUUUGCUUUCGAGGCGUAUACCAGCCCUCCAGAUAAUGUGGGGACACGUGAGAUUGAUGCUGCCGAGUGCCAGACAGUAUACCUAUCCGAGCAGUUCCUUCGUGAGGUUUAUGAUGGGCAGUUAAUUGUCAAUUUGAAGAAGGGUGUUGAUUUGCCUGCCAUGGAUCCAUGGGGAACAAGUGAUCCUUAUGUAAUUAUACAAUAUGACAAUCAGGUUGUAAAGAGCAAGACAAAAUGGGCGACUAAAGAGCCAAUUUGGAACGAGAAAUUUAUUAUUAAUAUGAAGAAUCCUCCUAUAAAAAGCUUACAGAUUGCCGCUUGGGAUGCAAACCUUGUAACUCCACAUAAGCGCAUGGGCAAUGCUGGGAUUAGCCUUGAAUCACUUGUUGAUGGGGAUGUACACAAUAUACAGGUAGAAUUGGGAGGUAUGGGCGGUGGUGGACAGAUACUUCUGGAGGUUGAAUACAAAAGCUUUGAAGAAAUAGAUAGUGAGAAGCAAGGCUGGAAGAUACCUUUUGUUUCAGAUCUUUUUGGAGUUAAUGGUCUAGGUUCUGCUCUAAAAUUUGUUCAUGGCUCUGAGAGUGUACAGACUCGAAAGUUUGUAGAGUUUGCAUUUGGAAGGUUAAAGUCAUUGACUGAUAAUGAUGUAAACGGUACUCCAUCGUCUGAGGCAAAUGUGGAUGAAAAACUGGAUAUAAGCACACAACACGGUGAAAAGAUCUCUGUUGAUCAUGAGAAAAGGGAAACUGAUCAUGUUGCUAGCAGAUCAGAACCUGAAGAAAAAGAAGGUGAUUCAAAGCAGUCAUAUGAUUAUUUCUGGAUGCAUGUUGCUGAUGUAGUCAAUCAAACUGUGGAGGGUAAUGUCAUAAAGAAGCUUGGUUUUCCUGUUCUUGAGAGACUAAAAUGGGAUGGUUAUGACAUAAUAAGUAGGAUGGGCAUGCUGUCAAUGAGAAAUGCAAAUGAAGGGUAUGUUGAAUCUGGAUUAGCGUCUCCAGAAAAGAAUGAUAGUGAUAUCAUUUGUGAUUCAUCAUCUGCUGUAGAGAAGUCCCAAUCAUUAUCAGUGGAUUUGAAGAAAGUAUCAUGGGACAUGUUGAGGCAAGCAGACAACAUCCUUGGAACAUUGAUGGUACUUACUGCAGCAUUUGCUCAAGAGGAAAAGGAGUCUGUACAGAAGUCUGAAGGUGGUGAAUCAGUUUCCAGCAGUACUUCCUCAGAUAUUUCUCCCACGGAUGAUAACACAGAAGUGAGCAACAUGGUGUUACCCGUACAUCAAGGGCAUGCAGAGGAGAUGAAGGCAUUGUUCUUGACUGCAGAGAGUGCAAUGGAGGCUUGGGCUAUGCUUGCAACUUCACUGGGCCGUCCAAGUUUUAUCAAGUCUGAAUUUGAGAAGAUCUGCUUUCUUGAUAAUGUCUCAACUGAUACACAGGUGGCCUUUUGGCGUGACCCUAUAAAAAGAAGAUUAGUAAUUGCUUUCAGAGGGACAGAGCAAGCUAAAUGGAAGGAUUUGCGAACUGAUUUAAUGCUAGUUCCUGCUGGAUUGAACCCUGAGAGGAUAGGAGGUGACUUCAAACAAGAAAUUCAGGUUCAUAGUGGGUUCUUGAGUGCAUAUGAUUCAGUCAGAAAUAGGAUUCUUUCUUUGAUCAGAACCUCAAUAGGCUUUGUGAAGGAUGAUUCAGAAGAAACCAGACCUACUUGGCAUGUUUAUGUGACUGGACAUAGCUUGGGUGGCGCACUGUCUACACUGCUUGCUUUGGAGCUAUCAUCAAGUCAAAUGGCAAAAAGAAGGGCAAUCUCGGUGACCAUGUACAACUUCGGUUCUCCAAGAGUUGGAAAUAAAAGAUUUGCAGAAGCAUAUAAUGAGGUUGUGAAGGAUAGUUGGCGGAUUGUUAAUCACAGAGACAUCAUUCCAACAGUGCCACGUUUGAUGGGCUACUGUCAUGUAGCACAGCCAAUUUAUCUCAAGGCUAAGGAUUUAAGAGAUGUGAUGGUAAAUAUGGAGCUUGUACAGGAUGGAUAUGAGAGUGAUGUUAUAGGAGAGUACACACCUGAUGCUCUUGUUGGCGAAUUUAUGAAAGGUGAGAAGCAACUUAUUGAGAAAAUUCUGCAAACUGAGAUAAGUUUAUUCCGUUCAAUAAGAGAUGGAAGUGCACUUAUGCAACAUAUGGAAGAUUUUUAUUACAUAUCCCUUUUGGAGAGUGUCAGAGCAAACAUAAAAGGCGUUGAAAGUUCAAGCGCUACCAAGUCUGGAAUUCUGAGUGCCUGAUGGGCUUCUUACACACUUCAGUCAGAUAAGCUUAUCCAAAACGCGGGAGUGUAAAGUAGUAGUGUGAUCUUGGUAUUUCAUAAGCUUAUAUUUAGACAGAUGAAAUAAAAAAGGCCGUGUAUGUCUCUUGCCUUGCUUAUUCCUGGAUUGACUUCCAAUUUUUUGCUCA